GUCGCUAGUGAUGGAAAUAAAAGUAAUAGUAAAAUUAAAUGAACUAAGGUGAUGAUGGUAGUGGGUAGUUUCAGUGUCAGGGCUACGGAAGACUAAGUGGUUGUAUUUGGGAAAUAGUAGUUUAGUUUUCUGGUUUAAAGAGCGCAAAGGACUGUUGUUUAGAAGCAUUAUUGAAGGAAAAAGAUUGGAGUUUUUUAAACUGUUUUUGCAGUUUGUAGUCCCAUUUUUGGUAAUUUUGAGCGAAGAUUUGAUAUGGGGAGUUAGAAAACAAUGUUGCGAGGUGUUCGUCGAUGUAGCUCGCGUUUGUUCGCUGGAUGUCAGGAUGACUGAAUUGGCACCAUGUUUUAUUACUUUGCUCAAUGAUCAUUCUCACUGGGUAUGCAGUGUGGCGUAUCAGAAUUUGGGUCCUUUUAUUGUUCUUUUUGCAGACUCCACGAGAAUAACUGUACCGAAUUCUGAAGUUUUAACAACUAUUAAUUUCUACAGUCACAGCUGUCUUGGAAGUGACAGAAUGCUUAUUUUUCAUGUUAAUCAGGGUAAUAUUCCUAAAGGCCUCUUGGACACUUACUGUCAAACAGUUUCCAAUUGUUGCGCAGGCGAAAGUGACAUAAAUCUUCACUGUGCACAUAAUUUCCCUGCAGUUGCUUACGCCCUUGGUCGUAAUAACUGGUUACAAAUCAAAGAUACAUAUCUGCAGCUGGCAUCUGACAUGCAGGUUCGUGAUUCUCUUUGCUUAUACAGAGUACAGAGAUAG